AUGGCGACGAAGCUACACAAUCCAGAAAUCCAAGACGAUGGUAUCUGGAUGACUGCAUCAAGCUUUACUAUCUUUACUAUGACAGCGGGUUUUGGACUGCUCGAGUCAGGACGGGUCUCAUCAAAGGACGAGGUAAAUGUCAUGGUGAAAAAUGUCGUGGAUCAUUCCCUAAAACUUUCAGGUCUUGCAUACUGGAUGUUUGGCUACGGGUUCACAUUUGGCGAUAGAUUUGCAAAUCCAUACAUCGGUGUAGGCGAUUAUUUCUUCGAUCCGGAAAGAGAUGAC